AGUUUUGUUCAUGGAUUUAUCUUAUCUUGCGUUUUGUGAAUUCAAAAUCACAGAUCGUCAGCUGAUUUACAUCGGAUCAGGUUAGGCGUCAAGAUAAGGUUAGGACGUCGGCCCAACAGAUGUCUUGUUUAUGUCACCUGUUGAUUCAACGCGGCAACGGAUAUCAUGAUUGUCUUAGAUCACCAUAUGCUGCACCGUACGCUCGGCAAAUUUUUAUUUUUCAAUACCUUUCAAUACUUGAUUGGACAGCAGCGAAUAUCACAAACUGAUUGUCGCGGUUGCUUAUAAUAGAACGCUUAUGAUAAAAUUAUUUAUAAGUUUUCGAGUGUAAACACGCUUUGGCAUAUAGAAUGUCAGUCUACAGUAUAAUAUUAUCGAUGAUUCUAUGAUGAUUUCAUUCUACUUUUUAUCGUCAACGCAUACGUAAUGAAGCACAUGCCGCAGUCCCGUCGGAAUAAAUCGACUCUGCAAACGAUAUGGAACAAACGAGAAUAAAGAAGUGAGACUCAAAGGAGUUUAAAAUGUACACGCAAUAUCUGUGCAGAAACAUAUCUUAAUGAGAUAAUUGAGUUCAACGAAGGUCAAACAUAAUGACUGAAGGCACGAGUGUAAUAUAGAUUCUACUUGAUGUUAGACCACCUGUCGCUAGUCCCGACAAAACUCGACUGGAUUUCAUCGAAUUUUUCAUUGUGAUGACAAAAUGCGUUUCCGAUUUUUAAAACAGAGAUCGGUAUUCCUGGUCGGCUCCGGGAUCGGCUUUGUUCUUCCGUUACUAUUUGUUUCAUUAAGGAGUAUAUUCGUGGCCGAUCUAGUUGUCAAUCAAGAGUCAUCAUUGUGGCAGCCUGAAUACUACUUGAAUAAAAAAUCCCAUGACGAAGAGAUUAUUCUACAACUUUGGAAAAAGGCAAACGAAACGUCUGACUUUAACAGUAUUACGUAUUACGCUUGGUUGGCAGUGCAAAACUUGAAAUUACGCAAAAUUGAUCUGGACAAAUACUUGUAUAGCCCGCAAGAAGAAGACGGCGCGAGAGAGAUUAAAGGCACAGAAUGGAACUGGUUGAGAAAACAAGUGUCUGUCACGUGUGUGGUUUUCGUGGAGAAGCUCAAGCUAGGAAAAUCAAUCAAGGCUACGUGGGGUAAACGUUGCAACAAUAUAUAUUUCUUUGGACAUCGCUUGAAGGAUGCGGAAUUGCCUGUUAUUAAUGCAGAUGUAAAAAUUGUAUCUUCUUGGCAACUGUUGUGCGAAGCUAUGAAUUAUAUUUGGAACGACAAAGUAGACACGCUAGAGUGGAUUAUAUUCGUGAAAGACGAUACUAUAGUCAUACCAGAAAAUCUGCGAUAUAUGGUUGCUCCGUUGGACCAUAGGCAUGAUUAUUAUCUGGGUCACCCAGUGGUUCUUUGGGGUCAGACUUACAAUGUUGCUCAAUCCGGAUAUGUUCUUAGUAGAGCCACACUGGAUAAAGUAGUGCAAAUGUUCAAUACUACGGAAAAAUGUAUUAAAGGCGGAAAAUAUUGGAAAAAGGAAGAUUAUUAUCUUGGAAGGCAUCUGUCGUCCUUAGGCAUACAUCCGUCUGAUACCAGAGAUCAGUACUUAAGAGGUACUUUCCAUGGUUAUUCCUUACAAACUCUUCUAUGGGGUAUUGCGAAACCGGGCAGCUAUUUUACACGUGCUGUAUACCCGAUAAAAGAAGAAUGCUGCUCGCCGAUGUCCGUGACUUUCAGCGCCAGUGAGCCCGACAAAAUGCACACCCUAAAUUAUUUGUUGUAUCAAUUGCAUGUAUUGAACGGUGAGAGUCGAUUUGGUAACGUCCCUGCUAAGGUUCCAGUACGCGAAGAGGAUGUUUGGAAGAUUGCAUUGCAAGAGGAAUUCAACAUCACGCAUUUGAGUGAUAUAUCCAGCGAUGCUUAUUACGAAAUAUGGCACUCGAGAUACUCCGAACCGGAGCAAUUAAAAAUUGCUAAAAAUUAUCGGAUGACUCCAGACGCGCUAAAUUGUUUACUGGCGAGUUACAAAGCGGGAAAUCGAUCCACGUUUAAUUGUAGGACUAAAAGUAUUGUGGAUAGUACAAAAAACUGAAUGAGAGUAUUUGUUAGAACGCUAGUUUCAACACUUUACUAUAGUUGUCAAUAGAAUAAUAUAAUGUACCGAGAAGGUGAUUGUACUAAGACAUGACGAAUAUUUGUGAUAUUCCUUUCUUUUUAUAUAUAAUUAUCCAAACAUUAAAAUAAAUAUAACUUUGGUAAAUAAGUAUAUUAAU